CUUUUUUUCUUUUUUCUUUUUUUUAUUUACCUCAAUUUUAAAUUGUCAGUUUUACUGCAUACAGGAUUAAUUCUAUUAGGAAAAGAAAAAAUCAUUCCACUACCAUUUGACCGAUCCAUAUUUAAUUUUGGCAGCACAUUCGAAUUGUAAGGUUGGAUUUGGCAUAAAUUAUCAAUCCAAUCAAUCCCAUCCAAUCCAAAUCAAUCAUUUGAUUCGUCAAUUAAAAGAAAAAGGAGUCAUAGUCACUUACUAACAACAUUAAUUGGUAAGGAUGCUUUCUAGGACUAGGUUUUUCUUCACCAAAAACUCCUUUGUCUUGAACACUCUUGUUCAAACCAAAGGAUGUAGAUUAUCAAUUCCUACUUCAAUUCAUCAUUACCAUCAUUCCACUAUUGGUACUACUACCACUAAGCCAUUAUUCAAAUUAAAUCAUUUUAUAUCAUCUAUCCAAUCAAGAUUCUAUUCCACCAUCCCAUUACAAACAAGUAAUACCACUCCUUCAUCAUCAUCAUCAUCGAUUCUUACCAAUACUGAAAAGUUGAAAUUUACCAAUGGAAGUAACCCUAUUUCUCCAAAAUUAGUGGGUUACUGGUUGGUAGGUACUUCAACUUUGGUAUUUGGUAUUGUCGUAUUAGGAGGUUUAACAAGAUUAACAGAAUCAGGUUUAUCCAUUACUGAAUGGAAACCUGUAACUGGAGCUUUACCACCUUUAAGUCAAGAAGAUUGGGAAAUUGAAUUCACUAAAUAUAAAGAUUCACCUGAAUUUAAACAAUUAAAUUCUCAUAUUAAUUUAGAAGAAUUUAAAUUCAUUUAUAGUAUGGAAUGGGGUCAUAGAUUAGUUGGUAGAGGUAUUGGUUUAUUCUUUUUAUUACCAGCCAUUAUAUUUUGGUCAAGAGGUAAAUUCUCUCCUCAUAUUACUAGAAGUGUUAUAGGUUUGACUGGUUUAUUAGGUUUACAAGGUUUCAUUGGUUGGUGGAUGGUCAAAUCGGGAUUAGAUCAAGAUCAAUUAAAUCAAAGAAAUUCAAAACCAACUGUAUCUCAAUAUCGUUUAACUACUCAUCUUGGAGCUGCAUUUUUAAUGUAUUUAGGGGUAUUAGGGACUGCAUUUGAAAUCUUGAAUGAAAAUAAAUGGGCAAAAUUAUCUAAAACUGCUCCUGAAACAGUUAAAUCUAUUUUUAUUAAAUUACAAAGUCCUUCCAUUAAAAAGACAAGAUUAAUGGCAACUGGUUUAUUAUGUCUUACUUUCCUUACUGCCAUGUCAGGUGGUAUGGUGGCUGGUUUAGAUGCUGGUUUAAUCUAUAAUACUUUCCCUCAUAUGGGUGAUGAUAUAAUUCCAAGUUAUUCUGAAUUAAUGUCUCCUGUAUUCGCUAGAAGUGAAGAUAAAUCAGAUUUAUGGUGGAGAAAUAUCUUGGAAAAUCCAACUACUGUUCAAUUAGUUCAUCGUAUUUUUGCAACCACUACUUAUUUUACAAUUUUAGCAGCUCAAAUCUAUGUUAAAAAGAAUAAAGUACUCCUUCCAAAAGCUGCAGUUAGACUGAUGCAUGGUAUGUGGGCAUUUGCCAAUGUUCAAGUCGCCCUUGGUAUUUUUACUUUAAUCUAUUUAGUUCCAAUUCCAUUAGGAGCAGCUCAUCAAGCUGGUGCCUUGGCUUUACUUACUACUUGUCUUAUGUUUGCGGCAAGAUUAAAGAAACCAAGACCGGAAGCUCUCAAUUAUAUUAAUAAACUCAUGAAAGAUCAACUUUUAAAAUCAAGAGUUUAACUCCAGUACAUAAAAACCUGUUUAAAAUUCACUUGUAUAUAUUAACACUGUAAAUAGAAUUAAAUUAUUAAAUAUUAAAUUAUUAUUAUUAUAUUAAAAA